AUGAAUGAUGAAUUGAUAGAUGGAACCUUUGCGGCUUUAUAUCGCCUGCGACGUCGCCCUCGAUUGCUCUUCCUCGAAGAAUUCGAUGGUCUGUACAAAUGCUACGAAGAAUUAGAAGCUAAUCCUUUCGGCAACGGCCUGGACGACGCCCGAUACCAACGGUUCCUUGGGUCUGUUCCGUCUCACAUUCGUCGAGCAUUUGUCAAGUUGGAUGAGGAAGAGCUUUCUACCGAGGACGCCUUCACAAGAGGUCGACUUCAAACACCCUUGAUCCAAAUUUAUGCUUUCUGGUUGUCUACGAUUGAACGUCUUCACCGAUUCCGCCGUGAAACCUUUGCUUUCUUGGAAUCUCUGGUCGUAUCCGACGCGACUGCUUCCGCCGCCGCGCCCGACGGUGACGCUUUGGAAUGCCAAAUUUGUGCCGAGGACAUCAUUCAACCUGGACAGAUCAUCCUCCAACUUCCCUGUCACCCUACCCAUCUCUUUCACCGCAACUGCCUUACACUGACUUCAAUCCUUUUCUGUUGCAGCCCUGGCUUGUAUCGGCCGACACCUGCCCUGUUUGCCGGGCCGUGCUUGUUAUGCUUCCUCGUCAGCAGCCCGCCCCCCACCUGA